UUUGAUUUGAGUGCUAAAUAUAGGUUAUGUUACUGUAUUUGUUUAUAACUUCAGAAAUUAUUCAACAAUUUAAUACUGAGUACUAAUUAAACGAAUUUGUGACGAUAUCGUUCACUAAGUUCAAUUAAAGAGUCACCAUGAGUGAGAAGAGACGACGAAAACGCUAUGAAAGUUCAUCGUCGAACUCGAGCAGUGCGGAUAGUGCUGAAGAAGCCCGCCUCAAGGAUAUUAAAGAACGAGACGAAUUUGCGGAGCGAUUAAAAAAGCGCGAUGAAGCUAAAACCCGAAAUAUUGUGCAAGCCUCUGACAAGCGAGCGUAUGCUGAGGCUGUCAAGAGGCUUAAAUUGGAAACCGAAGAUAAAGACAAGAUGAUUCCCAAAUUACGUAUUGAAUCGAGACGAAAAUAUUUGGAGAAGCGAAAGGAUGAUAAAGUGAUGGAGCUCGAAGCAGACAUUGUUGACGACGAAUAUUUAUUUGAGGAAGACAUUUUAACAUCGAGAGAACGUAAAAACAGAGACUAUAAGAAGACACUCCUUAAGCUUGCUCAUGAACAUGAAAAGGCAAGGGAGCUCGAAAAUGUUCAACGUUAUCAUAUGCCACAGGAUUUAGGCAAGGGAGCUAAAGCGGAUUAUGUGGAGGUUGACGAGCUUGAAAAGGUACCACAUUCUGAGCAGAAGAAAUGGGAGCAAGAACAGAUGGCCUCCGCACAAUUUCAUUUCGGAGCAAAAGGCUCAAAAACUGACGAGUACGAGCUGCUAUUAGAAGAUCAAAUCGAAUUUAUUCAGGCUUUACAACUUCCCCAUGACGAACGCGACAAAGAACAGAAGCCUCAAUUAACCGAGGGUGAAAAGAAAAAGUUAGAUAUUGAAGAAACUAAGAAGAGUUUGCCCAUAUUUCCUUUCAAAGAAGAUAUUGUUGCCGCGGUUCGUGAGCAUCAGGUUUUAAUUAUUGAAGGCGAGACUGGUUCGGGUAAAACUACUCAAAUUCCCCAAUAUCUGCACGAGGCUGGAUUUACAAAAGAUGGUAAAAAAAUCGGCUGUACUCAACCAAGGCGAGUUGCCGCAAUGUCGGUAGCAGCGAGAGUCGCGCAAGAAAUGAGUGUGAAAUUGGGAAACGAGGUUGGUUAUAGUAUACGUUUUGAAGAUUGCACCUCGGAACGGACGGUAAUUAAAUACAUGACUGACGGUACCUUGCAUCGAGAGUUCUUAUCUGAACCUGACUUACAAACGUACAGUGUAAUGAUGAUUGAUGAAGCACACGAACGUACGCUUCAUACUGAUAUACUGUUUGGUUUAGUAAAAGAUAUUGCUCGUUUUAGACCAGAUUUAAAGCUUUUAAUUUCGAGUGCGACGUUAGACGCGCAAAAAUUUUCUGAGUUCUUUGACGACGCGCCCAUUUAUCGAAUACCCGGCCGUCGUUUUCCCGUUGAUAUCUACUAUACAAGAGCCCCAGAGGCGGAUUAUGUGGACGCUUGCGUUGUUUCGGUGCUGCAAAUUCAUGCAACACAGCCCUUAGGUGAUAUUUUGGUAUUUUUAACGGGUCAAGACGAAAUCGAGACUUGCCAAGAGUUGCUGCAGGAUCGCGUACGAAGAUUGGGCUCAAAAUUGAAAGAGUUACUGAUCUUGCCAGUUUACGCCAACCUUCCCAGCGACAUGCAGGCGAAAAUCUUUAUGCCAACUCCACCAGGCGCACGUAAAGUGGUACUCGCCACCAAUAUUGCGGAAACCUCUUUGACGAUCGACAACAUCAUAUAUGUAAUUGAUCCAGGUUUCGCCAAACAAAAUCAUUUCAAUUCGAGGACCGGCAUGGAAAGUUUAAUGGUUGUUCCGAUAUCGAAAGCCUCGGCCAAUCAAAGAGCGGGUCGAGCCGGUCGUGUGGCCCCUGGAAAGUGCUUCCGGUUAUACACGGCGUGGUCGUAUAAACACGAAUUGGAGGACAACACCAUUCCCGAAAUUCAAAGGAUAAAUCUGGGAAACGCCGUUUUAAUGUUAAAGGCGUUGGGAAUCAAUGAUUUGGUGCAUUUUGAUUUUCUGGAUCCACCACCACAUGAGACUCUUGUGUUAGCUCUCGAACAGCUGUAUGCUUUAGGAGCUUUAAAUCAUCACGGCGAAUUAACAAAAUUGGGGAGGAGGAUGGCCGAAUUUCCUGUCGAUCCUAUGAUGGCUAAAAUGUUAUUAGCAGCUGAAAAGUACAAAUGUUCCGAAGAAGUGGUAACAAUUGCAGCAAUGCUAUCUGUCAACAGCGCCAUCUUUUAUAGGCCUAAAGACAAAAUUAUACACGCAGACACGGCACGGAAAAAUUUUAACCACAUUGGCGGCGACCAUCUCAGUCUGCUUAACGUUUACAACCAAUGGCGAGAUUCUGAUUUUUCCACUCAGUGGUGCUACGAAAACUUCAUCCAGUAUAGGUCUAUGAAAAGAGCAAGAGAUGUACGCGAGCAACUGGUUGGCUUAAUGCAGAGAGUCGAAAUAGAUAUGGUCACGAAUGUUACCGAAACGGCUGAUAUACGUAAAGCGAUAACUGCCGGAUACUUUUAUCACAUUGCCAGGUUAUCGAAAGGGGGUUCGUAUAAAACAGUGAAACAUAAUCAGAGUGUUACAAUCCAUCCAAAUAGCGCAUUGUUUGAGGAGUUACCCAGAUGGCUACUAUAUCAUGAAUUAGUUUUUACUACAAAGGAAUUUAUGAGGCAAGUGAUUGAGAUCGAGAGUAAAUGGCUGUUGGAGGUUGCACCUCAUUAUUAUAAGCCGAAGGAGUUGGAAGAUUCCACAAACAAAAAAAUGCCAAAAACGGUUGGCAGAAGUCAAAUGACUGCUUAACAUAAUUUAGGCUUUGCAUUUUGUAAUUUAUAUGUAAAUACCUACCCUUAUUAAACAAUUCUGGUUUUUUUUCUA